CACGACUGACCUCCCAUGACAGUGAGUCUCGAUACUUAUACACAGAGAAAACGGCCACUUUCUUAGCAACAUACCACAGUACCCAAUUUCUCUAAUACAAGCCAUUUCAGGCUUGUAAUUCAUCAUGGCCAACGCCGCUGAAAAGAUCUCGGUCUAUAAUCUUGCUGACCUCAAGAACACUUCCGAUGAUGCUAUCCCCAACUACCUAAAUUCUCUCAAGUUCCGCCAAUCUCAUACCCUCACCGAUGUUCGUCUUGCCCUCGGAUACACUGCUUUCGGUAUUGCAGCUGCUUGUUUCUUCUGGGACUACAAACUGGGCUUUGAGAGCACGAAAUACUACACAGCUGCUGCUGUUACGCUCUACACCUUGAUCAAUGGCGCCUUGACACUAUGGAUUAUGUUCCGUGAGAAGGGCGUUGUUUACGAGGGAACUUCACCCUCAGGAGAGAGAAUCUCAAUCAGCAGCUCUACCAAGAAGAACGUCCCCAUCUACAACCUCACUGUCACUAUCACCGAUAAGAACUCGAAAUCCACCGUUCACAAAAUCUCCAGGCCUUUUAGUGGUUGGUUCGACCAGACCGGCCAAUUCGUUGCUGUUCCCUUCCAGGAGCUCCUCGCCAACUCAGUACCUUUGAUCGGCAAGCGAGACCCCAAGCGUGUUACUGUCUCUAAGGAGUUGUUGGAUGCCAGCCCUGAUGUUCUCGAUGCUAUUCUGGCUGCCAACGCCACUGGUGCCGAGGCCGCAUCCACGCCAGAAAUAACUGAAAAGAAAGGUGGCAAGCGACGCAAGGCGUAAAAAGGGGUAUACUUUAGCUUGAAGAGAAUAACAAGAGGUUAUAUAGUAUGGCGUUUGUAGGCAAUCAUCUUGAUACCAUGCAUUGUCAGGACAUUGUCAGAACUCCAACAGAACGUCUGAUUAUGGUUGUACUCAAUUAUCGUCC